AUGUCUGCUGCCGUCGAAAAGGUUUCCGAAGCCGUCAAUGACGUUACCAACGCUCUGAGCAAUGCCUCUAUCACCGACAAGGCCGCCGAUAAGCCUGCCGCCAACAACGAUGCCGUCCUCGCCAGCGCUGCUGAGGGACGCCGUCUGUACAUCGGCAACCUGGCCUACGCGACAACUGAGGGGGAGUUGAAGGAGUUCUUCAAGGGUUACCUUGUCGAGUCCGUCUCCAUUCCCAAGAACCCUCGCACCGACCGACCUGUUGGCUACGCCUUCGUCGACCUCUCUACCCCCACCGAGGCCGAGCGCGCCAUCUCUGAGCUUAGCGGCAAGGAGAUCCUGGAGCGCAAGGUCUCCGUUCAGCUUGCCCGCAAGCCUGAGCCUGCUGGAGAGAAGACCGAGGGUGCUAACGGAGAGGGCGCUGGUGAGGGUAACCGCCGCAGACCAUCUGGCCGUGGCCGUGGACGUGGCCGUGGCCGCGGUGGUCGUGGCGCCCGUGGUGGCCGCGAGGAGGGUGCUGAGGGUGCUGCCGCCUCUGUUGAUGCUGCCGCCGAAGUCCCGCCCACCUCUGAGGUUCUGCCUUUGACCGACGCCACCAACAAGAACACUACUGACGCCGCCAAGACCGAGAAGCCUGCUCAGGCUCGUGCUCCCCGUGAGCGCCGUGAGCGUGGCCCCCCAGCCGACGGCAUCGCCUCCAAGACCAAGGUCAUGGUCGCUAACCUUCCCUACGACCUGACCGAGGAGAAGCUGAAGGAGCUCUUCGCCGCCUACGAGCCUUCUUCUGCCAAGAUCGCUCUGCGCCCCAUCCCCCGCUUCAUGAUCAAGAAGCUCCAGGCCCGCGGCGAGCCCCGUAAGGGCCGUGGCUUCGGCUUCGUCACCCUCGCCACCGAGGAGCUUCAGCAGAAGGCCGUCAACGAGAUGAACGGCAAGGAGAUUGAGGGUCGCGAGAUCGCUGUCAAGGUCGCUAUUGACAGCCCUGACAAGACCGAUGAGGAGGCCAAUGCUCCCAAGGAGGAGACCAAGGCCAACGGCACCUCGGAGGCUGCUCCCGCCGCCGAUGCUGCCGCUACCCCCGCCGCGGCUGCCCCUGCUGCUGCUGCGGCUCCCGCUACCACCACCGCCUAG